AUGUCCGCAAAAUCACCAGUCAAGCGCACCUCGAUGAUCAGCGCAGUCAGUGUGGCUGAUCGUGCGAGACGCUUUCAGUCUGCCUCCUCCUCCUCCUCCUCCUCCUCCUCCUUAUCCUCCUCCUCCUCCUUAUCCUCCUCCUCCUCCUUAUCCUCCUCCUCCUCCUCCUCCUCCUCCUCCUCCUUAUCCUCCUCCACCACCACCACCACCACCGCGGUUCCAUCUACACACAAACCAGCUCGACCAGCGAACAGCAUCACUGGCAACUCUCCACCCAUGAUCUCAUCCGAGCUAGCACCUUCUACCACGUACACUGCCUCUUCACCUGUGCUGUUAAGCUCUGAAGCAGGAACUUCUUCGUCCGGUGUAACACUUGCGCAUGAAGGCCUAGAGACUGCAGUGGUUACAAUAAUCAAGCAUGCUCGCCGAAUUAGCGUCUCCACUCCCAUGCACCGCCGUGCUCGAAGCGACGUCAGCCUUCUGGACCCCAUGCUUUCCAAAGAGACACCCAACACGACCAGCAUCAAGAAGACCGCUAACCCACCAACGAUUCGCAUGUCCUUUUUCGCCGAACUCGAUGAGCUCACCGCCAAACUCGAAGCAAGUCGUCCUCGAAGCAAGACACUUGCCAACCCAUCAUACCGCGGUCGAUCGAGUGGACUCAAGCAAAGCAUUGCUGAAGAAAGCAUGCAUCUGAGACUCUGCUCGUCCACAGAGCCCAUCCGUGGGACUCUCUACGCAACCAACGCUAGAGGUAUCGCCACGAUCGCAAACACGCACAACCGGAUCGAAGUGUCUCCUUGUCUGUCAGACGACGAUAGCAUCGACUGGCACACCUUUGUCAGCGGGAGUUACGCUGCUGCGCCUGUUCAGAUGCGUGGUCCCAUCUCGAUCACAGACUUGGCCUUUCCCAUGUCGAACAGGAAAAGGGUCUACGAGUCGAAGCUCUGCAAGGCUGAUAGCCCUACACUCAACGAAGAGGCUACUUGGCUUGAGGAGGAGCUUGCGAGGUGCUCGAGUGACGAAGAGGAUGGCGAUGAAUAUGAAUCACAGGGUACUGUGAGACACUCGAUGGGUGAGGAGUAUCUGACACCUGAUGGUAGCCCUUUGUUGUCUCCUGUCAACCUGACGGCUGCACCCGAGGUCGAGAUCAUGGGCCUUGGUAUUCAAGAUGUAUCCUUGGUACUACCCGGAGCGGCAAAAGAGGAGAAGGCGUGCGACUCUUUGUUGGAGCAGGUGGCGAUGCACGAAGCAUGCAUUGCAACUCUCAGAUCUCUCGGCAAGGAGGAGAGAGAACAAGCUUCUGCUGCUGCUGUUGCCGCCUGCGCUUCGAAUAGAGGCCUAGGCCUGCCAUCAAUGCCUAGCCGAAUGAGCAGCCUCACUGUUCCUUCUUUCCCUCACCCUGCACUUCGCAAUGCCACCUCCAACGGCGACUUUACUUCGACGCAAUGCUCAGACUCUGCAGCACUCUUCGGCGAAGACACCGACGAUGCAUCCAUGAGCACCAUGGCUGACAUGGGCCAUUCUACCCCUAGCAAUGACAUGUCCUUUUUCACCGAUUCAGCUGGCGAACGUCGCGCAAGUGCAGCAAGCUACCUCUCAACAGACUCCACCGCAUCGGUAGACAUCUCGAUCGCCUCCCACGGAUCUUCGCUGUUGUACAGCUCUCACCUUGCCGCUCCGGGCAUGAAGCGCCGAGAGUCGGCUGACACCGUGAUCAGCACUCGCUCAUCCAUUGCUAGCAGCUAUUGCAACGAGAAGGUGCAGGGUCCGGUCAAGUCUCCUAGGAGUCCGUUCAGGAUGAACUCGAUGCCUCUUCCUCCUUUGCCUCAGCAGCAAGGUGAGGACUGCGAAACGCCUCAGCCCAGCUUCUCCCAGGGUGAGGCGCAGCUGGUGAAGCCUCCUCGCAGCCCCCUUCGCAUGAAUGCCAUGCCUCUGCCACCACUACCUCAGGAGACGGUCGAGGGAAAGCCCCGCGCUUCUGUCCUCCGACAGGCUAGCAGGAGGAGAAAAGAGGCUGCUGAGCACCCGCAGCUUCCAGCACGACUUGGUAGCCUCGAUGCCGUCGUUGCUGCUGCGCCUAAGGAGCAGCAGGUCAAGGAAGGGUUCCCUGAUCGUCUGCUGGGUGACUGGAUGGCAGCAACUUCAAAUGCCGCAUCAGCCGAGCAAGUAAUCGACAAUGUCAGCGUCGAGCCCAUCCCUUUGAACGAGAGGAUCCAGAGAGCGGACGGUACGACCUAUCUUCCAGGCAUUGGCGAGAUAGUUGCCUCCAGCCCAGACGUCCCGAUGCUGAAGAUCCCAGUCUACGCUCGGACUCAUGUUUGUAAGCGACUGGAUUUGCAGCCCUCGCCUUGGCUUCUCUCCGACGCUCCACUUGCCCCUCUCCCUUCUUCGGCAGGUAUGACAAAAUCGACGACACUCAAGGGCAAGCUUUCAGGUCGACUCGGAAUCUCAGCCAUCCCCGACACGCCUGAGUCAUCAAUCAGGGGCAAACGUAAGAUGUCUGAGUCAUCCUCGAAGCCAAAUGUGUUGGGUCGUAUGCGCCGCUCCUCCGGCAAGUCUGAGUCCGAUCGUGCCCGUUUGUCCUCCGCUGAAGCUUUGACAGCAGCAGAACUUCCCGCCGCAUGGAAAGACCGCAUUGUCUCGGCCGCCAAGCGACCUUCGAUGGACAUGCGUCGACCAAGUAUCGCAUCAAUCACUUCGAACAUCACUUGCACUACCCAUUCCUCCUGCUCAACCACCGCCGUCGCAACUCAAGCUGCGAAAGGCUCAACUCUCUUCCCAACAGCCAGAGACGAAGGCAGAUCUCGCUCAAGCCUUGGCUUCCGUAAGAUGCUCAUCUCUAUCACCGGCGUCUCCGACUGGCCUCCCACCUCCACCGAGACUGACAGCAAGGACUCAGGAGAAGUAAAGACACUGGAAGCGUUGGUUGCAAACGCCUUUGAAUUUCCCAAGUCCGCCCUGGGAACACUGCAAUCCAACUCUUCGCUCCGAAGAACAGCUGAUGCAAAGGUAGCACAGCAGGAAAAGUUGGCUUCCUUCAUCGAACUUAGCGAUGAGUCUGAGCAAAGUUGGGAUGAGGCAGAGAUGGAGAUGACAAAGGUCAGGGGAAGGAAAGAUUUGACUAAGAUGUUUGGCGCUAGUCAGGUCGAGAUCUCGCAGCCUCAGCUCUGGUCCACCGGUGUGCUAAAGGGAGGGGAAGGGGAGAAGAAGUGGACUGCUAGUUUGGGGAGAAGUGCCACUAAGAAGCGCUCUGGUUUGUGGUAA